AUGUCCUCGUCGUACUCCUCGAACUGCACCAAAUUGAUCUCUCUCACUAAACAAUUGAGCUCUUACGCGAACCAAAGAAACCAUGAACAAGCUCUCAACCUCUUCCGCCAAAUGCAUUCUUCUUUCGCCUUACCACUCGACGCACACGUCUUCUCACUCUCCCUCAAAUCGUGCGCUGCAGCCUUCCGUCCUUCUCUCGGCGCAUCAGUCCAUGCCCACACCUUAAAAUCUAAUUUUCUAUCCAACCCAUUCGUUGGCUGCGCGCUACUCGAUUUGUACGGGAAAUGCGUCUCUGUCUCUCACGCUCGGAAACUGUUCGACGAAAUUCCUCACAGGAAUGCGGUUGUUUGGAACGCGAUGAUUUCGCAUUACACACAUAUUGGGAGGAUCCGGGAAGCCGUGGAUUUGUAUGAAGCUAUGGAUGUUAUGCCAAAUGAGUCUUCUUUCAAUGCAAUCAUUAAGGGUUUAGUUGGUACAGAGGAUGGGUCUUAUAAAGCAAUCGAGUUCUAUAGGAAGAUGAUUGAGUUUAGAUUCAAGCCUAAUUUGAUUACUCUUCUUGCGCUAGUAUCAGCUUGUUCAUCCAUUGGGGCUUUUAGAUUAAUAAAAGAGAUUCAUUCAUAUGCUUUUAGGAAUCUGAUUGAGCCGCACCCGCAGUUGAAAAGCGGGUUAGUUGAGGCAUAUGGGAGGUGUGGAUGCAUUGUCUAUGUGAAAUUAGUGUUUGAUAGCUUGAUUGAUAGGGAUGUGGUUGCUUGGAGUAGCUUGAUAUCUGCUUAUGCACUUCACGGUGACGCAGAGUCAGCUCUCAAGACAUUUCGAGAAAUGGAAUCUGCCAAAGUACCACCUGAUGACAUAGCGUUUCUGAACGUGCUCAAGGCUUGUAGCCACGCCGGCUUAGCGGAUGAGGCUCUGGUUUACUUUAGGAGAAUGCAGGAUGGUUACGGUUUGCGUGCAAGCAAGGACCAUUACUCGUGUUUGGUAGAUGUCUUAAGCAGAGUAGGGAGGCUUGAGGAAGCUUACAAAGUGAUCCAAGCGAUGCCUGAGAAGCCAACAGCUAAGACAUGGGGAGCUUUGCUUGGAGCUUGUAGGAACUAUGGCGAGGUGGAGCUGGCAGAGAUUGCAGCAAAGGAAUUGUGGAAGAUAGAGCCAGAGAAUCCGGCUAAUUAUGUGUUGUUGGGGAAGAUAUAUAUGAGUGUUGGAAGACAAGAAGAGGCUGAGGGACUUAGAAUGGAGAUGAAGGAGAGAGGAGUUAAGGUUUCACCUGGUAGUAGUUGGUAUAUGUUCAAAGAUUGA